AUGUAUAGAUACAGUAUAAUAGAAUGGAUACCUUAUAAUAGAUUUUAUGAUAUUAAAUAUAUUGCAAAAGGUGGGUUUGGCAAAGUGUAUAAAGCAAAUUGGAUUGAUGGACCUAUAGACGAAUGGGAUGAUAAAAAUGAAAAUUGGAAAAGAGAA